GCACUAAAUGCCUGGUUCCGACGCGAGCAUCCCGAGAUGACAGUUGGUGCUGUAGCGAGCUCAGCUCCCCUGACGUACUACUUGGAUUAUUUCGGUUAUGCGAUGGUAAUGGACGAUGUACUCCGAGAAACAGCCGCGGAUUGCCACAAAUUGGUCGGUGAAUCAUUCACCGCGAUUCUGAACAAGGCACUUACUGAGAAGGGUCGUAGUGAGUUGAGUGAAACAUUGAGAUUGAAUCCAGCAUUCAACGAAAAAACAUUGACAGUGAUGGAUAUUCACAACUUUGUGGCUUUCUUAUUUGGUUUAUUCCAAGGAGUCGUUCAAUAUACCUACGAUGGAAGGGAUAAGCUUACACGAGGAGGAUUAAAUGUGCGAAACAUGUGUAAUGUAAUCACGAACGCCCCAACGAGCGAUCCUGUCGAGAGGAUGGAAGCAGUGAUCGAAUGGAUUUAUACGUUCUAUCCGGAUCCAAACGAUUGGCUGCAUAAUGGAACGCUGACAAACAGCUACAAAGAGCUCAUAGAUGUGCUGAAGAAUACAACUUUUGACGAUGAGAACAAUGAUGAAAACGCUGCGACGAGAGGCUGGAUGUGGCUUUGCUGCAAUGAACUUGGUGUCAUGCAAACUACCGACCAGGGAAGAAAUGUCUUCGGAAGCAUGCUUCCUCUAGAUUAUUACAUCGACAUUUGUAUGGACAUGUUUGGUGAUGAUGUAAACAUCACAUGGGUUCGUGAUAGGAAUACUGCGUUCCGUAAUAAAUACAAAGAUGGAGAAGACUAUAAGGUUCAUCGAAUUACACUUCUCGAUUCUGUUUUGUGA